ACUUGCAGCAGCUUUGGCGUUACGUUUGAAGCCGUGGGCGCUGUGCACGUGUUUUUCUGGUUGUUUGUGGAUUUUUCCAGCAGGACAACAACGUUUCUGUUCUAAAACAACCAGCACAACUAUUUCACUCGUGGGAACUGAUUUUCAUGUUGCCAGUACAAAGUAAUUUGGUUUCAUCGGGACAGAAGAAGCCCCGCGACCCUGCGUGGACACGCGGACUCUACCUGCAGGUCAUGGUGGGGGGCGUGGCCUAGAGGUUUCCAUGGAUGGAGUCAGACGUCAGCGGAGGGACCUUCGCAACCUGCUGCCGUAUGAGAACCAGAUGAUGUCAUACCCUGCCAUGCAGGCUGGAGGGGGGGCCAAUGACCCGUACUACCAAUCAAAUGAGUGGAGAGGGAACGGCAUUGAUCAGGCUCUUCAGCGAUUGGUUGAGAGAGACCAGAGGAGGGAGCAGAGGGCGGGGCAGCGAGAAGCCUACCUGGCCGCUCUGCUCCGCCUCCUGAGUGAGGCAGAGAGCACCGGAUUGGUGGGUCCAGCCGACGUGGAGGUUGUAGAGGAGGAAGACGAAGAGGAUGAUCAAGAGCCUCCAGCGGACUUCCAGGGCCCUAACGUUGUUGACUAUGAUGAGUCAGAGCAGGGUCUGACCAUGGGGAGGCCCCCUGCUGCCUGGUGGAGCCUCGUGGAGCCCCAGCUGGCUCAGGCGCUGCUGGACAGGAUGGACCCGCAACUGGUCCAGAGUCAGCUGCAGAGAGCUGGCGAGACAGGUCGCCUCCCAUCGGGACUGAGGCAAGAGCAGGACAUGAUCAGGCAGAUGGUUGCUAGGAUACUGACCAGCAUUGGCCCUAAUGAAGCCCCGCCCUCUGGGCGCAGAUCAAGGCGGGACCUGUCCGUUAAAAAAGCCGACCCUGUUGGCUCCGCCCACAGGAGGACACGCCGCUCCCUCGACGACAUCCCUCUCCAGUCUAUGAGCAAUAACCCCCCCCUCCUCAGAGUAAAAAGGGUGGAAGAUGAGGAGGAGGAGGAGGAGGAGAAGCUCCGCCUACAAGUUGCUGGGCUUCAGAGGAUGAAACGCAUCAACAACAUGGAAACUUUUGACACGGAAGAACUGAAUCAUGGGAGUCUUAGGCGCCGCAGGAGAGCGGCCCUAAACUACGACCCACAAAUACUAAUCGAUCAGAUUCUGAUGUACAUGAAGGAGUGAGGGAUGGGGGGGGGGGGGGGGGUAUAUUUUGUUCUUUGUGCUGUUUGUUUGGUUUUGCUGCUUCUGUGAAAGCUGACAUGUUUGUUUAUCUGUUGUAGGAAUCAGAGGGGAUGAAAGGAAAACUGCAUUACCCAUGAGCCUCUGCAGGAACUGAAACCUCCUCCUCUGAUUGGCUGACUUGUGGUAGUUGUGGUUAAUGGGGAGGCUGUGGCUCAGAGGAAGAGUGGCUGACUACCAACCUGAGGGUUGCUGGUUUGAUUCCAGCUCCUCCAUCCACAUGUCUCCCCAGGACUCCCAAACAGAAAAACAUCAUCUGGACAGAAAUUCCUGGUUAACCAAGAGGCUUCUGGGUAAAGCCAGCUUACCACAUAGGAACAGGACACAUGAUGGACAGCACCUGUAACCGUGGCAACUGCUUCUCAGCUCUGUGAUUGGUGGCUUGUCCUGGUGUUUGUGUUCUUCAGCUAGUUGCUGUGAUGACUCGUCAGUUUGUAGUCCACCUUCGUGUCUCAAAUAAAACCAGAAAAGUCUUCUGAA